AUGCGGUUCCUGAACUUCAUUACAGCCAUUUCAUUGGCGCCUCUGGCUUUGGCUUUCCCUCUCAACUUGACACAACCUGGGACGAUUCCAGGGACUACUAGUCACUACAGCGAAGUGAGAGGCCAUACGUAUCAUUACCUCCUCGCUGAGCCGAGUUCAGAUCCAAAAGGGACUGUUCUCCUAGUACACGGCUUGCCUGAUAUAUCGUACGGAUGGCGAUACCAGGUACCGGCCCUCACAGCCCUUGGAUACCGAGUCAUCGCUCCGGACAUGCUGGGCUACGCAGGGACAGACUCGCCCAGCUCGCUCACCCACUGGACUCACAAGGAGCUGGCCACGGACCUGGUCAACCUCGUCGGCCAGAUCGCCCCCGGCGAGCAGGUCAUCCUCGGCGGCCACGACUGGGGGGCCGGCCUGGUCUACAAGGUCGCCAUGUGGUACCCGGACUUCGUCAGGGCCUUGUUCACCAUCGCCGUGCCCUACAUGCCGCCGUGGCUCGGGCUGUCCACCGACUGGAGGGACCUGUCUGAGCUCGUGGCUGAUGGGACUUUUCCUACACUCGGCUACCAGCUGCAGUGGCGGGACCCGUCCAUCGACCGCAACUUCACGACGCCGGCGCAGAUCAGGAUGAUGUUCAACACCGUCUUCGGCGGGACUACACCCGAGGGAGCGUACGGGUACUCCGUCAGCGAAGGGUUCCUCUACGAUGUGAUGCCCCUGCUGGAGCCGAACCCCCUCGUGAACUCCUCCGACAUGGACCUCUACGUCAACAGCAUCGCCAGGCACGGCGUCCGCGGGGUCUUCAACUGGUACCGCACCCGCAGGAUGGACUGGGAGGAUGAGCUGCCCCUCGCUAGAAAAGGCGCGUUCCGGUUCAGGAUGCUGUCGCUCUUCAUCCCCGCGCUGAAAGACAUCUCAAUGCCGGAGGAGUACUACAGGAACAUGCCCGAGUACUUUGACUCUUUGGCGAUACGGGCGGUCGACGCAGGGCACUGGACACACUGGGAGGGGAGGGAGGAGGUGAAUGAGAUAUUGGCUGGCUGGGUCAAAUCUUUGAAUUAG